AUGAGUCUCGUCGACUCGGGCGUCAAGCGGCAACGCCUGGAUGCGUCCACCUGGCUGCUCUCCGGAGAGCAAACGGGUGCAUACGAGGGUGGCGAGGAGGCGGGCGGAGAGGACGGAGAGGACAUAGAGGACGAGGUCGACGAUGAAGACAUGUGGGAGGACGCCGGCGGUGCGGAUGGCGUCGCCCCUGCGCCGGACGCCGCCCACACAUUGAUGAUGCCGACUGGGAACCUCACCUUGAUGCUCGACGCCGAGGACCGGCCCGGUGGACCCGUGGGCGCACCUGCGGCGGCAGAUCCCGGUCUGAAGACGAUCCUCUCAGCGGAGGAGGAGCGGAGGCAGCGGCUGCUGCUCAAGGCGGCGAAGCAGGCGGAGCGUCAAGAGGGGCAGCGCCGGCGCGAGGCGUUUGAGGUGGUGCACCGAGUGGCGCUGCAGUGCUGGCUGGCGCACGGCGUGCAGCUCUCGCAGCAGGCGUCGGAGCCGCUGUUGCACUCGCUCCUCCUCUCGCUCCUCCCGCCCGACCUCGCGCUUGCCUCGGCGCCGCGGCGGCUCGACCUCGCCGGCCUCCGCCGCAUCCUCGCGUGGCUGCCCUCCUGCUUCGACGCCGCGACGCACGGCACGCGCCGCACCCCGCACUGCCCAGCAGCCGGAACCACGGGCGCGCCAGCGGCGACGGCGCCGCAGGGCCGGCUGGUGGUCGCGCUGCAGCCGCCGCCGCGCAAGCCGCCGCCCAAGCCCAAGCCCAAGGCGGCCGGCGGCGGCGGGAAGGCCGCUUCGGGGGCGGUGAGGACGGCCAAGCCUCCGCACCAGGGUCGGUGGGUCGCCCUGGACCCCUUCUUCAAGCCGAGCGCCCCCGCCGUCGACACUCCCGAGGCCAUCCUCUCCGCGCGCGUGUCUGGCCGCGCCCUCGCCGCGCGCGCGUACAUCGUCGGCUUCGGCGAGGACGAGUCCGCCGUCGACGUCACGGUGCGGUACGUGCCUGACUACGCCGCCUGCCGCGCCGUCCGCACGUCGCACGAGUGGUGGGAGGCGGCGCUCGCCCUCAGUCGGCGAGGCGGCGCCGGCGCAGAGGCGCGAGCCGGCGGCGGAGAGGAGGGGCGGGCAGAGGAGCGGGAGGCGCUGGCUCGCGGCGCAACGAGUCGCGACCCCGACGCGCACUACGUGCUCGAGCGCGACUUGGGCCGGUAUGAGGUGCUGCACCCGUCCGACACGCCGUUCGUCGGCCUCUUCAAGGGGGAGAGGGUCUACCCGCGCGCCUCCGUCGUGCGGCUGAUGACCGAGGAACGGCGGCCCCGAGAAGAGUGGCAGACGUACGCCUACGAGCCUCCCGCGGCGAUCGGCGGGGUGGUACCUCGGUCGGAGCGGGGGCACGUCGAGAUGUGGUCCGAGAAGCACCUGCCGCUCGGCACAAAGUGGCUCAGGGCGCCGCACGUCGCGGCUGCCGCCAAGAAGCUGGGCGUCGAUUGCGCGCCCGCGAUGGUCGGCUUCGACUUUCGCGACGGCCGGUCGGUGCCGCGGUUCGACGGGGUGAUCGUGUGCGAGGAGGCCGCGCCCCUGCUGGUCGAGGCGGCGGCGGGCAUCGCCGAGGCCGAGGAGGACAAGCUGUCGCGCAAGCUGCGCCGCCGCGCUCUCGGCCAGUGGGCGACGCUCCUCAACGCGCUGCGGCUGCGCGCGCGGCUGGAGGCCCAGUACGGGCGCGGCGACGACUGA